GGCUGUGAUGACUCACCUCGUAUCGCACCAGACGCAAGCAGUGUCUCUCACUUGGAUACAGCUUGACACUUGUCACCCGUCUUUCCACGAGCUUUUGAUUCAGACUAUCAUGACCACUACUCAAGCUCUUCUUCGAGGUCUGCCUUCGCUUAAAGGCCCAUUCCGUCCGCUGGAUCUUAGCACGUUUCCACCGGGCCCUCAUGAAGCUUUCAUCAACUGGCUCAAAGAUGCAAUCGACAAUGACAUCAAGGAACCCCACUCCAUGACUCUCUCGACAGUCGACGAAUACGGAUAUCCGGAUGCUCGAGUUCUCAUCCUCAAGAACCUUGACCAUCGCGGAUGGCAUUUUGCAAUCAAAGCAGACAGCCCCAAAGGCAGACAGAUUCUGAACAACCCUGCGGUCGCGUUGACGUUCUACUGGCCCUACGUCGGCCGCCAGAUCCGCAUCAGAGGUACAGCCACUCAGUUGCCGGCUGCGGAGAGUGCCAAUGACUUUCUGGAGCGGCCGAUUGGGUCGAAGGUCACAGCUCUGGCGUCGAAGCAAAGUGAGAUAUUGGAAGAUGCGGGAGAGCUGCAACGAGAGCUUUGCAAUGCACAAGAGAAGAUGAAGUCGGAACCAGAAUAUGUGUCUCCUGGAUGGACUGUAUUCGCCGUUGCACCCCGUAGUGUUGAAUUUUGGCAAGGUGCGACAGACCGCAUGCAUCAGAGAUUGCGAUAUGAGACUUUGAAUGCCGGUAAAGAGUGGAGUAAGGAUGUGUUGUAUCCUUGAAUUGUUUUUUUAUCCGGAUGUCAACAUGAAUGUUGCUUGAGCAAGUGCUUUAAUAGAACUUGGGACAUCCUCUGGUGCUAGAUAUGAAGCGGUUCGUGAUCGUUUAAUCAUUGAGCUACUCUCCAGAGAUAUUACUGUGACCCGAACACCGAAAAGCGGAAUGCGUAGUCGAAACAUGGGCGUUUGUUGGCUGUGAGAGCCGCGAGAUUGCGCCAAAACCA